AAGUACCGGCACAACGAUGAGGACUCGUCCCCCCAGGAGCAGAGCUCCCCCCAGCUCACGGAGGACGCGCUGGGCCCAGAGCUGGUCCAGGUAGCAGAGAAGAACCUGUCCCAGAUCGAGAACGUGCACGGAUACGUCACCCAUGCUCACAUCUCACCUAUGAAGCAGGCCGAGGCGGCCCCGCCCUCCUCCCCCAUAAUCCCUGUGAUCCCCAUCUCACCAAUCCCAGCCGAGACCACCGCCAUCCCUCCAACGUCACAGGCCAACCCUCCACCUGUGGUGGUCAACACGGACAGCCUGGACACGCCUCCAUACGUGAACGGGACGGAGGCAGACUACGAGUAUGAGGAGAUCACGUUGGAGCGGGGGAACUCAGGUCUGGGCUUCAGCAUCGCCGGCGGCACCGACAACCCCCACAUCGGUGAAGACCCCAGCAUCUUCAUCACCAAGGUCAUACCUGGAGGAGCCGCCGCCCAGGACGGCCGGCUCAGGGUCAACGACGUCAUCCUCAGAGUGAACGAGGUGGACGUGCGGGACGUGACCCACAGCCGAGCUGUGGAGGCGCUGAAGGAGGCGGGCUCUCUGGUCCGCCUCUACAUCCGCAGGAGGAAACCCGUCUCAGAGAAGAUGAUGGAGAUCAAGCUGGUGAAAGGACCCAAAGGUCUGGGCUUCAGCAUCGCGGGAGGAGUGGGGAACCAGCACAUCCCAGGAGACAACAGCAUCUACGUGACCAAGAUCAUCGAGGGCGGAGCCGCUCAGAAGGACGGCAAGCUGCAGAUCGGAGACAAACUCCUGGCUGUGAACAGUGUUUGUCUGGAGGAGGUGACCCACGAACACGCCGUCACUGCCUUGAAAAACACUCCUGACGUGGUUUACUUGAAAGUGGCAAAACCCAACAGUGUCUUCAUGAACGAGAACUUCGCCCCGCCGGACCUGACCAACUCGUACUCGCAGCACCUGGAGAAUCAUAUCAGCCCCCCCAACUUCCUGGGUCAGACCCUCCCUCCCCCCGCCUCGUCAGGACGUUACUCCCCGACACCCAAGAGCAUGCUGGGAGAUGAUGAUGUCACACGGGAGCCCAGGAAGGUGGUUCUGCAUCGAGGAGCCACGGGUCUGGGCUUCAACAUCGUGGGAGGAGAGGAUGGAGAGGGGAUCUUCAUCUCCUUCAUCCUCGCAGGAGGUCCAGCUGAUCUGAGUGGAGAGCUGAGGAAAGGAGACCGUCUUGUUUCUGUGAACGGGGUCGACCUCCGUAACGCCACCCACGAGCAGGCCGCCGCCACCCUGAAAAACGCCGGGCAGACAGUGACCAUCGUCGCCCACUACAGGCCAGAAAUCCACGACCUGAGGGAGCAGAUGAUGAACAGCAGCAUGAGCUCAGGAUCAGGCUCCCUGCGCACCAGUGAGAAGCGCUCCCUCUAUGUCAGAGCUCUGUUUGAGUACGACCGAACAAGAGACAGCUGCCUGCCCAGCCAAGGAUUGAGUUUCACUUAUGGGGACAUCCUUCACGUCAUAAAUGCUUCUGAUGAUGAGUGGUGGCAGGCGAGGCUCGUCACGCCUCAUGGAGAGAGCGAGCAGAUCGGGGUCAUUCCAAGCAAGAAAAGAGUGGAAAAGAAGGAGCGUGCCAGAUUAAAAACUGUCAAGUUCCACGCCAGGACAGGCAUGAUUGAGUCUAACAGGACAGUCAAAGUAAAGCGCAAAAAAAGCUUCAACCUCUCACGCAAGUUCCCGUUUUACAAGAGCAAGGAGAAUAUUGUGCAGGAGUUGGUGGAGCCUGAACAAUGCCUGACAUCCAACACAAGUGACAGUGAAAGUAGUUCAAAGGGUCAGGAGGACAUGAUCCUUUCCUACGAGCCAGUCAUUCGGCAAGAAAUCCACUACACAAGGCCUGUGAUCAUUUUGGGCCCAAUGAAGGACAGAGUAAACGAUGACCUCAUCUCUGAGUUCCCCCACAAGUUUGGCUCAUGUGUACCCCACACGACCCGUCCAAGGCGAGAGAACGAGAUUGAUGGCCAGGACUACCACUUUGUGGCUUCAAGAGAGCAAAUGGAGAAAGACAUUCAGGAUAAUAAAUUCAUCGAGGCGGGCCAGUUUAAUGAGAACCUCUACGGGACGAGCAUUUUGUCUGUCAGAACUGUGGCUGAGCGACAGGGGAAACACUGCAUUCUGGACGUGUCCGGAAAUGCCAUAAAACGACUGCAGCAAGCACAACUUUAUCCGAUCGCCAUCUUUAUAAAACCAAAAUCUGUUGAAGCCCUAAUGGAAAUGAACAAGAGGCAGACGUACGAACAGGCCAAUAAAGUCUUUGACAAGGCAGUUAAGCUGGAGCAAGACUUCGGAGAGUACUUCACAGCUAUCGUACAGGGUGACUCGCUAGAGGAGAUCUACAACAAAAUCAAAGUGAUCAUCGAGGAGCAGUCCGGGCCCUACAUUUGGAUCCCCUCCCCAGAGAAGCUCUGAGCUCCCUGCCGUCCUCUCUGUGUCGAUGCAGAGCUCCCCUCCUGCCUCCCAGACACCCCCCACCCACCCACGUGGCCCCCUCCUCACCUCCUUUUUACAGAUAUGUUUCAUAUCAAGUUUUAGUGUCAUCAUUAUGUUACUCUCUAAAUGAAAAGAAGUCUUAUCACCAUUACUGUGACUGUGCACACCCCUGCAUGAUUUCUCAACAAAUCCAUUCAAGACUGGAAUUGCCAUUCCAAAGGAAUAUAUCAAAUGAAAACAAAAGGGAAACAAAAUAAAUCCUUUUGUGAACUGGAACUGCCUGAAGAUCAGAAUGUUGUGCAGAAAGUCGAGAGAGAAGUUGUGAUUCAAAAAUAAGUCGCAGGGGAACAGAGACAAAAAUCAGACCAAGUUGGGACACUUUGUAAAUGUUCAUCAAAUCACAUUUAAAAAGACAAAACAAGAGGUUGAAGAACAAUUCCGGCUUUUGUUUUUAGUUUCUUUUUUAGUUUCGUUUUGAAGACUUGAUCAAAUUGAGCCCUGCUGAUGGUACUGUUCAAGAAGUUGUCGCUCUUCUUUCCACUGACUGAGGAAACGAGUGGAAGAGCCCAACAAACUGGUGUCUUUAUCACAAACCAGCUCGCUUGUUUGAUUAUCUGCGCCGCAGCUAAGACAUCUCGGGAGGCAGAUCAAGAAGAAGAGAUGUGUUGUGAAUCUUUCCAUUUAUAUUAUGAAAUCACAAAUCAUAAAAUCAUUCUGAGAUUUUACAACAUAUUGAAAACUACACAUUUUACACUUAACUAGAAUUGUCAAUUUGGAGGGCUUGGGUUUCCUUUUUAUUUGUGGGAUUUUUUUUUCUUUUUUUCUUUUUUUUUUUGCUUGUGAUUUUUAGCUGCUCUGUAAAGGAUGGAGGUAGAGACGUGUAACCGGGCUCUCUGCAAAACACCAAACUGCCUUACAUCUGAUACAAAUUCUGUUUUGUAACUACCUGUUGUCUGUGAGGGAGGCUGCAAAUAUUUGAGGACACAAUACUUUUGUGUCCUCCCAGCUGUCAGGAGCUCUGACAUUAAGUGCAAUAGAUUUUUUUUUCAAGAAAUAGACCUAGGUGGGCUCCUUCCCCCCCCCCGUUUUUAAAUUUUCCCCCCCGUGUAAUUAAAGAAUUUGGCUUUUUACAAUUUGGACAGCCAGAGCCUCCUAAUUCAUGUUGAGCAGCAGACGACCCUAUUACACUCUCUGCCUUCCUAGAGGAUUCUCUUCUGAUUCGUCACAUGGUACUGUCCUGUCUGCCGCCACUGUGGUGGACUUAAAACGGGUAGAACAAGACAACAAAUUGUAUUGGAUGUUUUAACAAUUAAAGAGUCAGUAAACCCUGUUUUGAAUUGUCCCCCUGCCAAAAACACUAAAGUUGGGUUUGAGUAAACUUUCACUCUUUGUGUAUCUAUAAACGCAUGAAUUCUUUGACUCGUUGGCGGAUGCUGAACCAUUGUGUCGGAACUUUAACAAUCAGAUUCAGUUCCCUGUUUGGGGCGAUGACAGAGUUCAGAGUUGUUUAAAAACACGUAUUUGAGGAAGGCGCUGUCGCUUUAAGUGUUUUCAGCCAAAUAGAGAAAUCCAGGGUCAAGUCUUCUUUUCUGUGGGGCUGAAAGCUCGACUUGAGUGCGUCAGCUUGGAAACCUCCGAGUUUAAAACGACCUGCUGCACAGUUCCACGCAGAUCCUGGUACUGUAUGUGAACGUGUUUCUGUUGGAGGGUACAUCUGGAGGAGUUCUGUGGCCUCUUGCUUUCCUAAUCAGAGUGCAAACUAAAGUUUUUCCCUUCAUCUGUAGAGAGCCAGACCCAACAAAAAGUGUUAAUCCAGAUCUCUGGGUCAUUUCUCUCUCUCUCUUAAGCCCACAGAUCACCUCUACCUGCAGGCGUCUUCUGAUCAGAUGUGCCCCUCCCCUCUCUGCCAGGCAUCACUGCUAAACCAGCUGUCAUUACCUGUGUCAAAAACCAGAGUUCAGGGAAUAACCGAAGGGAACAGAGCCAUUUAUAAACUGCUUGCAGACUGUUUCAAAACGGUGUGGUAGCUGAACAAUGUAAAUAAGCCCCCCCGCCCCCUCACCUGUGCUCUCAUGCAUGUGACUCAAACUGGGACUAACAUGUUUUAUAGAUCACAAAAUGUCAGGUAAGUAAAGUUUGAGCUACUCUAAGAUAUAAUUUCCAUACUAACGUGCUGUAAUGUCGAUAUUUCUCUUCAAAUGCCUAUUGGAACACUUAACUAGUGAGACGGGAAUCCAGUUCCCUGGGGUAGGGCCUGUCUACAUGUGACUUCUUGUGGAACGUGUCUGGGUGUAUAGAUUUAAAUAUAUAUAUAUAUAUUGUAAGAUAAAAGUGAUGCAGGCAGAAACCUACACGACAUCACAGACACCAGGAGCAUUGAUUGAAUCCAUCAUUAGGAGCUUAGAAUCGGUCCUCUCUGGUGUUUAGUUGAGAUCCAGCUGACUGUUAAUGUGUGUGGUAUUCAUACCUCAGUCAGCCAUGUCAAAGCCCAAAGAACUUGAUUUCAUUUAACUCUUUCCAUUGAAGAGGUAAUAAGAUGGAACCUGAAUGCCUCUGUGUUUGUAUACCUGAUGAGGGUCUUUGUUCUGAUGAGAGAAACGAUGACACAUAUGCUUUUUAUUUAUUUUCUUUUUGUUUAGUUUUUUUGGGUGGGGAGGGUGUUCAAGGGUUCUUGUUUGUACUUUUGGGUGAUGAUCUGUUUCUGUUCUAGCACAUCUGUGCAGUAAGUGCUUGCAAACAUGAACCCUUUGAUUGUACAGUAGUUUCCUUCCUGUCACUGCAGGUGGUACAGCCUAUCAGGACACUCGGCCUCAUGGUCUUCCCUGUCCUAGUCCUGAGGGAACACAGUCCUGCAGCUUUUCUUUUGGGGUUUUAUUUUGGGACAUGACAAGAGUUUAUUUGUUUGAAAAUAAAAUAUGUGACUCAGUUA